CCUAGCUGGAAAUGUGAUGGAAAUAGCUAGUAAAAGAAAGAACUUUGCAUUUUCUGUUUUCUUAAAAACUGAAAAAUUACAUAACUUGUGGUAAUUUGUCCAUUUUCAUACUGAGAGAUAUUUCUAUUUUUUGGAUCUAUGGCUUAUGCUGCUGUUACUUCCCUUAUGAGAACCAUACAUCAAUCAAUGGAACUUACUGGAUGUGAUUUGCAACUGUUUUAUGAAAAGCUCGAAUCUUUAAGAGCUAUUCUGGAGAAAUCCUGCAAUAUAACGGGCGAUCAUGAGGAGUUAACAAUCUUGGAAGUUGAAAUCAUAGAGGUAGCAUACACAACAGAAGAUAUGGUUGACUUGGAAUCAAGAAGUGUUUUUUUAGCACAGAAUUUGGAGGAAAGAAGCAGGGCUAUGUGGGAGAUUUUUUUCGUCUUGGAACAAGCACUAGAAUGCAUUGAUUCCACCGUGAAACAGUGGAUGGCAACAUCGGACAGCAUGAAAGAUCUAAAACCACAAACUAGCUCACUUGUCAGUUUACCUGAACGUGCUGUUGAGCAGCCCGAGAAUAUAAUGGUUGGCCGUGAAAAUGAAUUUGAGAUGAUGCUGGAUCAACUUGCUAGAGGAGGAAGGGAACUAGAAGUUGUCUCAAUCGUAGGGAUGGGAGGUAUCGGCAAAACAACUUUGGCUACAAAACUCUAUAGUGAUCCUUACAUUAUGUCUCGAUUUGAUAUUCGUGCAAAAGCAACUGUUUCACAAGAGUAUUGUGUGAGAAAUGUACUCCAAGGCCUUCUUUCUUCGAUAAGUGACGAACCUGAUGAUCAGCUAGCGGACCAACUGCAAAAGCAUCUGAAAGGCAGGAGAUACUUGGUAGUCAUUGAUGACUUAUGGACUACAGAAGCUUGGGAUGAUAUAAAACUAUGUUUCCCAGACUGUUAUAAUGGAAGCAGAAUACUCCUGACUACUCGGAAUGUGGAAGUGGCUGAAUAUGCUAGUUCAGGUAAGCCUCCUCAUCACAUGCGCCUCAUGAAUUUUGACGAAAGUUGGAAUUUACUAUACAAAAAGAUCUUUGAAAAAGAAGGUUCUUAUUCUCCUAAAUUUGAAAAUAUUGGGAAACAAAUUGCAUUAAAAUGUGGAGGAUUACCUCUAGCAAUUACUGUGAUUGCUGGACUUCUCUCCAAAAUCAGUAAAAAAUUGGAUGAGUGGCAAAAUGUUGCGGAGAAUGUAAGUUCGGUGGUAAGCACAGAUCUUGAAGCAAAAUGCAUGAGAGUGUUGGCUUUGAGUUACCAUCACUUGCCUUCUCACCUAAAACCGUGUUUUCUGUAUUUUGCAAUUUUCGCAGAAGAUGAAGAGAUUUAUGUAAAUAAACUUGUUGAGUUAUGGCCUGUAGAGGGGUUUUUGAAUGAAGAAGAGGGAAAAAGCAUAGAAGAGGUGGCAGAAACAUGUAUAAACGAGCUUGUAGAUAGAAGUCUAAUUUCUAUCCACAAUUUGAGUAUUGAUGGGGAAAUAGAGAGUUGUGGAAUGCACGAUGUGACCCGUGAACUCUGUUUGAGGGAAGCUCGAAACAUGAAUUUUGUGAAUGAUUUUGUGAAUGUUAUCAGAGGAAAGAGUGAUCAAAAUUCAUGUGCACAAUCCAUUCAGUGUUCCUUUAAGAGUCGAAGUCGGAUCAGUAUCUAUAAGGAGGAAGAAUUGGCUUGGUGUCGUAACAGUGAGGCUCAUUCUAUUAUCAUGUUGGAUGGAGGAUUCAAUUGCAUCACACUGGAAUUGUCUUUCAAGCUAGUAAGAGUACUAGAUCUUGGUUCGACUACAUGCCCAAUUUUUCCCAGUGGAGUACUUUCUCUAAUUCAUUUGAGAUACCUAUCUUUGUGUUUUAAUCCUUGCUUACAGCAGUAUCGAGGAUCGAAAGAAGCUGUUCCCUCAUCAAUAAUAGACAUUCCUCUAUCGAUAUCAAGCCUAUGCUAUCUGCAAACUUUUAAACUUUACGUUCCAUUUACCGGUGAUUGUGCUUAUCCUUUCAUAUUACCAUCGGUAAUUUUGACAAUGCCACAAUUGAGGAAGUUGUGUAUGGGCUGGAAUUACUUGCGGAGUCAUGAGCCUACAGAGAACAGAUUGGUUUUGAAAAGUUUGCAAUGCCUCAAUCAAUUGAAUCCUCGGUAUUGUACAGGGUCUAUUUUUAGACUAUUUCCCAAUUUAAAGAAGUUGCAAGUAUUUGGCAUCCCAGAGGACUUUCGCAAUCGCAAGGACCUGUAUGAUUUUCGCUACUUAUAUCAGCUCGAGAAAUUGGAAUUUGGUAUUUUUUAUCCAUUUGCUGCUUGCUCUCUAAAAAACACUGCACCUUCAGGUUCUACUCCGCAAGAUCCUCUGAGGUCUCAGACGGAAACAUUGCACGAAGAGACUCUUUUCGGGCCAACUGCACCUCCAACUGAUGUUCCAACUUUACUCUUACCUCCUCCGGAUGCUUUUCCACAAAACCUUAAGAGUUUAACUUUUAGGGGACAAUUCUCUUUGGCAUGGAAGGAUUUGAGCAUUGUUGGUAAAUUACCCAAACUCGAGGUCCUUAAACUUUCACACAAUGCCUUCAUAGGCGAGGAGUGGGAAGUAGUUGAGGAAGGGUUUCCUCACUUGAAGUUCUUGUGUCUGGAGAACGUAUACAUUCGGUACUGGAGAACUAGUAGUGAUCACUUUCCGUACCUUGAACGACUUUUUCUUAGAAAUUGCUAUUAUUUGGAUUCAAUCCCUCGAGAUUUUGCAGAUAUAACCACACUAGCUCUUAUUGAUAUAAAUUACUGUCAACAAUCUGUUGGGAAUUCCGCCAAGCAAAUUCAACAGGACAUUCAAGACAACUAUGGAAGCUCUAUCGAGGUCCAUACUCGUAAUCUUUAG